GGAAGUGGGCGGCCAGGAGGCAGGGCUGGGGGCAGUCCGCGAGGGCCAAAGCUGGAGUAGGGCUCCGGGCCCGGAAGGCUGAGAAGCGUGACAAAGCCCACAGGCGAAAUCAAAGAGGGGCCUUCGCGCCCCGCGGGGAGAGAAACCCAGUUACACCGGGUGGGAGCCGGCUCUCUGUGAAGAUGGCGGGGCCGGAGCUGCUGCUCGACUCCAACAUCCGCCUUUGGGUGGUCCUACCCAUCGUUAUCAUCACCUUCUUUGUGGGCAUGAUCCGCCACUACGUGUCCAUCCUGCUGCAGAGCGACAAGAAGCUCACCCAGGAGCAAGUCUCCGACAGUCAGGUCCUAAUUCGGAGCAGAGUCCUCAGGGAAAAUGGAAAAUACAUUCCCAAACAGUCUUUCUUGACACGAAAAUAUUACUUCAACAACCCAGAGGAUGGAUUUUUCAAAAAAACUAAAAGGAAGGUAGUGCCUCCUUCUCCUAUGACUGAUCCCACUAUGCUCACAGACAUGAUGAAAGGCAAUGUAACAAAUGUGCUCCCUAUGAUUCUUAUUGGUGGAUGGAUCAACAUGACGUUCUCAGGCUUUGUCACAACCAAGGUCCCAUUUCCACUGACUCUCCGUUUUAAGCCAAUGCUGCAACAGGGAAUUGAACUACUCACAUUAGAUGCAUCCUGGGUGAGUUCUGCAUCCUGGUACUUCCUCAAUGUCUUUGGGCUUCGGAGUAUUUACUCUCUGAUUCUGGGCCAAGAUAAUGCCGCCGACCAGUCAAGGAUGAUGCAGGAGCAGAUGACGGGAGCAGCCAUGGCCAUGCCUGCAGACACCAACAAAGCUUUCAAGACAGAGUGGGAAGCUUUGGAGCUGACAGAUCACCAGUGGGCACUAGAUGAUGUCGAAGAGGAGCUCAUCGCCAAAGACCUCCACUUUGAAGGCAUGUUUAAGAAGGAAUUACAGACCUCGAUUUUUUGAAGACCACACAGGGAUUUGCUGUGUCAGGAACUCAGAGCAGUGGUUAACUUUAUAACUUUGAUUUGAGCUGGACCCUCUCAGAAUAAAAAGAAGGAUGCAUGAGCUGG